UAUUUGCCUGCCUCCUUCCAAGGUUGCGUUUACUGUGGUGGAUGGAUGCUGGAAAAGCCGACCGCUGGCAGUACGCAAUAGCAUUCUGAUUGAUCAAAUAUAACAACUUUUCUGCAAUUGGGAGAUACGAUUUGUCUCCGAAGUGAAUUUAAAAUGGAUGAAAUGGAAGAAGAGUUAAAAUGCCCUGUCUGCGGAUCUUUUUUCCGGGAGCCGAUCAUUUUACCGUGCUCCCACAACAUUUGCCUGGCUUGCGCUCGGAAUAUCCUAGUACAGACCCCCGACGCUGAAUCUCCACAGAGUAGCCGUGCGUCUGGCUCGGGGCUAUCUGAUUAUGACUAUCUGGACCUGGAUAAGAUGAGCUUGUACAGCGAGGCGGACAGUGGGUAUGGUUCCUAUGGUGGAUUCGUAAGUGCUCCGACCACCCCUUGCCAGAAAUCCCCAAAUGGUGUGCGUGUAUUCCCCCCUGCCGUCCCCCAACCUCCUGCUCAGCACCACUUACUAGGACACCCCGGCUCUCUACCCCCUAUCCCCCGAAACUCCUGCAUCACCUGCCCGCAAUGCCAUCGCAGCCUCAACCUGGACGAAAGAGGACUCCGCGGGUUUGCCAAGAACCGGGUGCUGGAAGGGGUCGUGGACCGGUACCAGCAGAGCAAAACAGCCGCCCUCAAGUGUCAACUCUGCGAGAAGAGUCCCAAAGAGGCCACAGUGAUGUGCGAGCAAUGUGACGUGUUCUACUGUGACCCUUGUCGCUUGAGGUGCCACCCUCCUCGAGGUCCGCUGGCCAAGCAUCGCCUCGUGCCCCCGGCGCACGGCCGGGUGAGCCGUCGGACAAGUCCCCGGAAGAUCUCCACCUGUACGGAGCACGAACUGGAGAACCUGAGCAUGUACUGUGUUCAGUGUAAGAUGCCGGUGUGUUACCAGUGUUUAGAGGAAGGCAAGCACGGAACACAUGAAGUCAAGGCUCUGGGAGCUAUGUGGAAACUGCACAAGGGCCAGUUGUCCCAGGCCCUCAACAUCCUGUCUGACAGAGCUAACGAGGCCAAGGAGUUCCUGGUUCAGCUGAGGAACAUGGUGCAGCACAUCCAGCCCGCUGAUGGUCCAGGGAGACCCUUACUAGUGACAUCAGGGUGGGGAACACUGAAGGAGAACGGUGUGGAGUUCGAAGCCUGUCUGGUGGCCCAGUGUGACGCCCUCAUCGACGCCCUGAACCGACGCAAGGCCCAGCUGCUGACCCGCGUCAACAAGGAGCAUGAGCACAAGCUGAAGGUGGUGAGGGAUCAGAUAUCUCAUUGUACAGUGAAGCUGCGUCAGACGACAGGCCUGAUGGAAUACUGUGUAGAGGUCAUCAAGGAGAAUGACCCUAGCGGAUUCCUACAGAUCUCAGACGCCCUGAUCAGGAGGGUGCACAUGACGGAGGGCCAGUGGGGGAAGGGAACCCUGACCCCCAGGAUGACCAGUGACUUUGACCUGACCCUGGACAGCGGACCCCUGUUACAGACCAUCCACCAACUGGACUUCGUACAGAUGAAAGUCCCAGCAGCCCCCAUGCUCCAGCUGGAGGAGUGCUGCACCAUCAACAACAGCGCCACAUUGUCAUGGAAACAGCCACCUCUCUCCACCAUCGCCGUGGAUGGAUACAUCCUGGAGCUGGACGACGGCAACGGGGGACAGUACAGGGAAGUGUACGUGGGGACGGAGACGAUCUGCACGGUGGACGGACUCCACUACAACAGCACCUACAUGUCGAGGGUCAAAGCCUUCAACGCCAGCGGAGUUGGACAGUACAGCAAGAUACUGGCCAUGCAGACCUCCGAGAUUGCCUGGUUCACCUUUGACCCCGCGUCAGCCCACCCUGACAUCAUCCUCUCCAACGACAACCUGACAGUGACGUGCAACAGCUACGAUGACAGGGUGGUCAUGGGUAAUUCCGGCUUCUCCCGCGGUGUGCACUACUGGGAGAUCACGGUGGAUCGCUAUGACAACCACCCAGACCCUGCGUUUGGGGUUGCCCGCGGCGACGUGCUGAAGGACGUGAUGCUGGGGAAAGACGAUAGGGCCUGGGCCAUGUAUGUGGACAACAACCGCUCCUGGUUCAUGCACAACAACUCACACACCAACAGGACGGACGGGGGCGUCAGUAAAGGAGCUACAGUAGGAGUGUUGUUAGACUUCACCAGAGGGAUCCUCAUCUUCCUCAUCAACGACGAACAGCAGGGUCCUGUGGCCUUCGAAGGCAUCGAGGGGCUCUACUACCCUGCUAUCAGCCUCAACCGAAACGUACAGGUGACCCUGCACACCGGCCUGCCCAUUCCUGACUUCUACACUCCAGGAGAAGCAGACCUGUCUGGCUCAGUGUGUUAAGGAGUUGACUCAGCACUGCAGUGAAGCAAGACAAGACAAGGGCUGCGUCCCAAAUGGCACACUAUAGCGCACCCUAUUCCCUUCAUAGUACACAGGGCUCAUAGAGCUCUGGUCAAACGUAGUGCACUAUAUAGGGAAUAGGGUGCCAUUUGGGACUCAGAGAAUGGCAACAAGCUGCUCACCGUCUGGGCUCUCUAAGUGUGGACCACAAAUGGCACCCUAUACCCUAUUUAGUGCACUACUCUUAGCCAAAGUCAUGCUAAAAUUAGUCUGCUAUAUAAGGAAUAGGGUUCCAUUUAGGGCUCGUUCAACUCACAGCCAUGUGCACAACACCACGUCCCUAUUCCCAAGCUUCUAUAGACCAACCAGGCCCAUUGUCAUACGUCAGAUAGUGUAACCUUCGCCUGUUGAUCGCAGGACUAGCGUUGGGUUGGAGUGACGUCAGUGCCUGACGUCAGACAAUGCUCCUGACCUCUACAGACCACUGGACGGUCCGGACCCAUAGCCUUGACUGUACAGUACAAGAUACUCUUAAUACUCAGUUAAUACUCUCAAUACUCAUACAGUUACUGUACAUACCUACUGAGCCAUCAACACCCAACUCUCAACUGGAAAUGGAACUCUGAUUUGGCUUACUGCCCUGUCUUAACAUGUCAAUUAUUAGGAUUGGUUGAAAAGUGAACUAGAUUCAUCCAUCCAACCAAUCCAAGAAGACUACUUACUACUCAUCACCAGACUCUAGAACCCCUCUGGACUCUAGAACCCUGCCCUGUUAGUUCGGGUUCUAGAUCUCUGAAGAAGACAACAUAAUAUGUCAUCAUAGAACCCUUAACUUUAGACAUUCUCUCUCUCUCUGUGUCUCUGUGUCUCUCUCUCUCUCUGUGUCUCUCUCUCUGUCUCUCUGUCUCUCUGUGUCUCUGUGUCUCUCUCUCUCUCUCUGUGUCUCUGUCUCUCUGUGUCUCUCUCUCUCUCUGUCUCUCUGUGUCUCUCUGUGUCUCUCUGUCUCUCUCUCUGUCUCUCUGUCUCUCUGUGUCUCUGUGUCUCUCUCUCUCAGCCACACACACACACACACACACACACACACACACACACACACACACACACACACACACACACACACACACACACACACACACACACACACACACGACCCUGUUACCAUAGUCUGUACAAACCACUUCUCCACACUAACAUUUCAACAGAAUCCUUGUCGCACCAAACACACAUACAUGAGACUGCAGAAAGGAACAAGAGUGGAUUACCCUUGACGACAGCCAGGGGGAGCAGACGAGGACACUCAUCUACCUGCUGAAGAGGCCCGCUGGGCAAAAACAGGUUGAAUCAAGGUUGUUUCCACGUCAUUUCAACCAAAGAAAUUCAAUGUGAUGACGUUGACUCAAUGCGGAAAACGGAUUGGAUUUGAAAAAAAGUAAUCAACGUAAAGAGAACUCUGUCAUUGUUUUCACCAAACUUGUAACUUAAAUCCAAUGACAUGAGUUCCAAAUAGCACCCUAUUCCCUUUGUAGUGCACUACUUUAGACCAGGGCCCAUAGGGUAGUGCACUACUUUAGACCAGGGCCCAUAGGGUAGUGGACUACUGUUGAUCAGGCCCCAUAGGGUAGUGCACUACUGUUGACCAGGGCCCAUAGGGUAGUGCACUACUUUAGACCAGGGCCCAUAGAUAAUUGCUUCUCUCAAACUGGCCCGUAGGGUUCUGGUCAAAUGUAGAGCCCCACAUAGAGACUGCAUGUGGGACGGACCGCCACGUGGGUCGGAGCGGCAGGUGGGACGGACCGCCAGGUGGGACGGACUGUAGACAUGGACUGUAUUUCUAUUGUAUUCUGUAAAUUAGACGCUACCAGUGGCUUUGCUUUUUAAACCUGAAUCUUAUUCGUAGUUUGUAACCAACGAAAUACAGUCGACUUAUUCUAUUCUACUAAGAAGACCUUUAUUUAUUCAAAAGGUAGGGUACAUCCCACAUGGCGGUCCCUAUACAACUACUUCUGCCCAGGGCUCUUUGGGAUGCCACAUCCUCUGUUUCGCCACAUCUGUCAGUGAGAUAGAUAUAAAACGCUGAAUAUAUGUCUGUCUGUUCGUGCGUCCCAUUCGUUGGUGGUGUUGGCGGUGGAGUUGGUGUUGGGGGUGGAGGUGGUGUUGGGG